AUGGGAGUUGUGCUAGAAGCUGAAAUGUCUGUAAAAAGUGCAAAGGGAGGUCCAGACAGCCGACCGUCCUCUGCUGCCAGCGUUUCUCCACGAGGAGGGAAGGCUGCAGCAGCUGGAAAAUCGCCCGCUAUGGGGAGAUUCAAAAACAAGGCCCUUCAGCUUAGCCUCUCCAAGAAAUUCUGCUCCAAGUCCUCCACGAAGGAGAAGGCGUCUGAGGAAGAGGAGAGCAAGAGGAAGAGUAAGAGGAGCCUCAGCAACAGCUCCAUGGUGGCAGCUGCCUACAUCUCCUACCUAAAUAAACUUUUUGGACAGGAGAGGGAGCUGAUGCCACUGGAGAUUGAUGAGCUUCAAGAGGCCUUCAAGGAAUUUGAUUAUGACGCAGAUGGCUACAUCCAUUACAAAGACAUCGCAGACUGCAUGAGGACCAUGGGCUACAUGCCCACGGAGAUGGAGCUUAUCGAGAUCAUCCAACAAAUCAAGAUGAAAUGGGGCGGUCAUGUAGACUUUGACGAUUUCUGUGAGUUAAUGGGACCACGAAUGCUGGCUGAGACAGCUCACAUGGUCGGGCUAAAAGAGCUCCGCUGUGCCUUCAAACAGUUUGACUGUGAUGGAGAUGGAAAGAUCACACUGGAAGAACUGAAGGAGGGCAUGAAGACUCUCCUCGGGGAGAAGCUGAAAAAAGGGGAACUGGAGGAGAUCCUCGGCGAUAUUGACCUCAACAAAGACGGUAGCAUUGACUUUGAUGAGUUUGUCAUGAUGCUUUCUGCACAAUGACCUCCGAUGGAAAGAGGAGGGAACGGAAUCCAAGAGCCGAGCAUAAAAUGAUCGAUGACUCCCGCCUACUUCCUUCAGUUUCAGCUUUGUGGCUUUAUAUGUUGAUUAAUAAACUCGUGAAGUUAUAGGCACGUCUGUACAACCAUCUCAGAAGCUAAAGUUGAGUCAGUGAAGUGGGUAAAGGGUGAGUUAUGCAAUCCUUAUGUAUGAGACCAAAAUGCUGCAAGGUUGCCCCCAUGUGGGGAAAAAAUGUACAGAUUUAUCAAACCUGAAUUUUUUUUUAAAGUUUCUUUUCAGAUUUAAAAAAAAAAUACAUUUUAUAUAUUUUUUUCCACUUUCCUUGUACAUAUGGGCUUUAUAAAUGCAUUUCACCUACUGUCUAAUGCCUUCAAAUAUAAUAAACCCAAAAGUCAUUUAAAAAAAUAAAGAC